UCCUCCUGCGCCGGGGCGCCAUGGGCUCGGAGCGGCUCCGCGGGACGGCGGUGGAGGCGCUGCGGGCCAGCGGCAAAGGGCGGCUCCGCUACAGCCCUCACUGGAGCGCCGAGCUGGGACAGGAAAUCUUGGAAGGCUAUCGAUCGCCCCCAGAGCUGUCCCCCCACGCUGGAUGGGUCCUCGGAAGAAUUGCCCUCUCGCCUCGCGAGGAGACACCGGAGGGAUCGGCGCUCGGCGAAGCCGCUCUUCCCGAAGUUGCGCCGCCCGCGCUCCCUGUUUCUCCACAUGGAGCGACCGCCCCCCAUGUGGAAGCACCAAGAGUCACUCAGCGCUGCGAGAAGCGGAGGGAUCCGCCGAGCAAGCUGGAGGCGCCCAUCGCGAAAGGCCCCGGGAUCGAGGGCCUGCUGCGCUUGUACGAACGGAUCCAGGCGGCAGAGGGCGAGGAGGAGCUGGAACGCCGCUUGGAAUUGCAGGAUCGGGCUGGCCGGGCGGCUUGGUGUGAAUCCUGGGAAUUGCUGAAGCGCUUUGACGAAUUGAGGGAGCUCAAGUACCACCAAGAAUGGCAGCAUCUGCGGCAGGAAAUGGAGAAGAGCUCCAAAGAAGCCCAAGGGCAGCAGGAGAAGCUCAAGGAGGAACAUCAGCGCCGGGCAAAGCUCCUGAGCCGGAAGCUUCGUGAGGCGGAGCAGCGGCGCCUCCGGCAGGAGACAUGGAGUGCAGCACGGGAAGAGGGCCAGGGGCGGCUUCAGCACCUCUACGCUGUCCAGGAGAGCUCCUGCACAUUACCCAGAGCCUCGGUCGUUGACUGCCGGCAACCUGGCCCCACCGAUUUGGCUGGCUAUGCCAACCGCGGCAACCAGAUCUGCGGGGAGGUCUCCGCACUGGUGCGGCUGGCCAGCGAGGUCCCUUCCAAUCCUUUUAAGAUCUGGCGAUCCCUUUCCCUUCUCGUGUUUCCAGAAAGGAUUCCCGGAUGCCAGCCGAGUGUGGCCCUUGGCCGACCAAGCGCUCCUGGAAAUGCAGAGCCCUCGUCUCCUGGACUGCGGGAAGAGCUCUUGCUCGCUGCCGAACAGAGGAUAGCGGCAGGAGGAAGCGGCGGCGGCGGCAGCCCAGACGGAGAGGAAAAAAACGAGAAAAUGCCCAGCCUGAAGCCAGAAAAAGCCCCCGUCCAGAGGCUGCAGGUGAAGCCCGACGAAAAGACCCUCCAGUGGUACCAGCAUCUUCAGGACCAAUUGGACCAGUGUGUGGAUUCCUUUGGUUCCCUGGCCAACAGCAAAGACAGCCAGGAGAAGAAAAUAAAGAUGGAUCUGCAGAAAGCCGUCAACCCUGUCAGUCAAAUCUCGACCAGAGCAGGAUCCCAGCUGAAGGAGAUAUUUGACAAAAUCAAUGCUCUCCUCUCCGGAAAACCCGUCCGGUCCGGAGGUCAGAGCGUCUCCGUCGCUCUGCAUCCCGAAGGUCUCAAAUUUGCCUAUUACAAACUUGCAGAAAAAUUUGUGAAACAGGGAGAGGAACGAAGUGGCUUCUCACCACGAGGCGGCCUCCCCAUCGCCGUGGUGGCAUCAGGGAUCUGGGCAGUGCCACCCCAAGGUGGGCGAACUUCUGCUGGCCCACCGCACAGGAAGUGUCCCUACGCUGUUCUGUCCGCCGGCGCUCAGGAAGGGGCUUCCGCGGAGGAAUACCGAAGGCUCCUGGGCUACCAGGCUGAUUCAAAGCUGGAGCCUCAGGACAACUUCCUGAAACGGAUGUCUGGAAUGAUCCGGCUGUACGCCGCUAUCCUUCAACUCCGCUGGCCGUACGGGGACGGACAGGGGAACCACCCGCACGGACUCAACCAGGCCUGGCGCUGGCUGGCCCAGAUCCUGAACUUGGAACCCCUGGCGGACGUGACAGCCACCGUCCUCUUCGAUUUCCUGGAGGUCUGUGGCAACGCCAUGAAAGUCUACCAGGCCCAGUUUUGGAAGAUGAUCGUCUUGCUCAGAGAAGAGUAUCUCCAAAGGAUCGAAGCCAUCACCGGUGCCGUGGAAAUGGGGUCGUUCAUAAGGUUGAAGCAGUUUUUGGAGGAAUGUUUGCGGCGGAACGAAAUCCCCCUCCCCAAGGGAUUUCUGCCCCCGUCCUUUUGGAGGUUGUGACCCUGACCCAGGGUUUUCCGGGCCUUCCAGAAACUGAUAGCGCCAAAAUCCAGAAUAUGGUUUGAUAAUUAAUUUUCAAUUUAAAUUUAUUUUUUUAAAUUUCGUAAUUUGAUAAUUAAUUUUAAUUUUAAAUUUCACAAUUUUGAUUUUUGAUUCUGACGUGAUCAGGACACGAUGAGAUUUCCCUGCCGUUCCCGACGGGAAUAGUAUCCGUCAGACUUGGAAGGAAAUAAUGGAAUUUUUAUUUUUGGAGGGUAUUCCGGGAAUACACCUGAGAACUGCUUGGAAUAUUAAAAUGGAAUU